ACAUACUCCUCCAACACAGCUUGAUGUUGGCUGAAGUAAACAGAAAACCAUUGGCUGUUCAGAGUCCCUCAAGCGCUGUAAUGAAUAUGUAAACACCGCUUCCCAAGUUUUUUGGACUAACGGUGCCAUCGGACAGUAUUAUCCAUGUGUCUGGAGGGCUUAAUUUCGUUUAAUUAGCCAAGCUUUGAGAGGUUAAAGUGUGUUCAGAUCUCCCGACUGACCGGCAGCGCUUAAUUUGAAACGCAAAGUGUGGAUUGAUGGAGGUGUAUUUGAAACACUGAGAGCGGGAACAACAUUGUGUUCAAAUCCAGCAUCUGAGUGUAUCCGUGAAUGUGUAUCUGAGCGGAGAACAUUGUAACGGAGUUGCUGUUUGCCGGCUUUCUUUGUGUUGCUCUUCUCCAAGCAUGCUUGAACCUCGCGGCGCAGGAGCAGUUUGAACAUCGCCAAACCUUCCUCAACAUCCCAAAACUAUGGCCAGCGACCACUGCUUAUAGAAGAGGAUUACUAAAAUAUCCCUUUUACCCUUUCUCUGUCUCCCGUGGGCUGCAUUAAACCCGCGUUGCUCACCGCGUCCCUCUCAUUCAUCGCGUCAGGAUUGUUGAAGGACAAGUAAAAAAUUGCGCCCUUUUGAUAGAGCAGCGCUUCGCAGAGAGGAAACAUGGAUGUAUUUUAUCCGUCUGCCGGAGGGAAUUCUAUUCCUGGAGAUCCACAGAACCUGGAUUUUUCCCACUGCCUGGGAUACUACAACUACAACAAGUUUGGGAAUAACAACAACUACAUGAACAUGGCUGAUGCCAAUGGAGCCCUGCUAGCAGGAGAUACAUUUCAUACUCCGAGUCUUGGUGACGAAGAGUUUGAAAUACCCCCCAUCACCCCUCCUCCUGAGACCGAGCCUGGUAUGGGCCUCCAGGAGGUGGACUCACCUUUCCCCAGGCUACCUGACCACCCCAACUCUCAGCGGGGGUCAUUCACCCCGCAGUUCCCACCCCAGAGCCUGGAGCUGCCCUCGAUCACCAUCUCCAGAAACAUGAUGGAGCAGGAAGGACGAAUCAACAAUGGACAUCCAGGGGCUAUUGGUCAAAACCACCUCCGUCAGUACCCUCCAAACCCCACCAUGGUGAUGCGCUCCAUCAUUAGCAUGCACAACCCCAAUGGCAUGAUGUCACAAAACCAGCUUACCACCAUCAACCAGUCCCAGAUCAACACUCAACUGGGGCUUAAUAUGACUGGAUCAAACAUUGCUCACACGUCCCCGUCCCCACCCGCCAGCAAAUCGGCCACACCCUCUCCAUCCAGCUCUAUUAACGAAGACGAUCCAGAGGAAGGAAACAGGGUGAUUGGUGAAAAGCGUCCCGCCCCUGACACAGGUAAGAAGCCGAAGACGCCCAAGAAAAAGAAGAAGAAGGAUCCUAAUGAGCCCCAGAAGCCAGUGUCUGCAUACGCCCUGUUCUUCAGAGACACCCAGGCAGCCAUUAAAGGCCAGAACCCUAAUGCCACAUUUGGAGAGGUGUCCAAGAUAGUAGCUUCUAUGUGGGAUGGACUGGGAGAGGAGCAGAAACAGGUUUACAAAAGCAAAACAGAAGCAGCAAAGAAGGAGUAUCUGAAAGCUCUUGCAGCGUACCGCGCUAGCCUUGUGUCAAAGGCUGCCGCAGAGUCAGCGGAGGCCCAGACGAUUCGCUCAGUGCAGCAGACUCUCGCCUCCACCAGCCUGUCGCCAGGGCUCGUGAUGCCUUCACCUCUAUCCCAGCACCCCUCAAUGUCUGCUGCAGCACAGGCGCUCCAGCAGGCCCUGCCUCGAGCCAUCGCCCCAAAACCUCUGCAAAUGCGCGUCGGCGGCAGCCAGAUUGUCACCUCGGUCACGGUAGCUCACCAGAACAUGACGCCCGGCGGCGUUCAGUCACAGCUGCUGGGGCAGAUGGGAGUGGGUGGUCCGCAGUCGGGCGUGUCGUCACAAUUGAGUCCACCGAUGCAAUCCCGGCACACUUCCAUGCAGCAGCAGAUGCAGCAGCAGCAGAUGCAGCAGCACUUGCAGCACCAUCAAUUGCAGCAGCAGCAAAUGCACCACCAGCAGAUUCAGCAGCAAAUGCAGCAGCAGCAUUUCCAGCAUCACCUGCAGCAGCAACUUCAGCAGCACCACAUGCAACAUCAGCAUCAACAGAUGCAGCAGCAGCAACAGCAGCAAAUGCAAAUGCAGCACAUGCAGCAGAUGCAGCAUAUGCAUCAGCAUCAAAUGCAGCAGCAUCUCCCGCAGUCGCAGUGUUCGCCCGUGCAGCACUCGCCCGGCACGCCGCACUCGGCCUCUCUCGGAAGCCCGCCACCCCCUCCCGCGCCCCAGCCUCACCCCUCGCAGGUACAGGCUCACGCGCAGGUCCUGUCGCAAGUGAGCAUCUACUGAACCAAAAGCCCUCGGACCUGCAGUUGCAACUCCACGAGAAAGGCAGAAGGAAGUUGUUAUUGAAAAGCAUCAUUACAAGGUUGCUUUUUUUAAGUUGCACUUAAGAAGUGUGUAAAAAAAUAUGAAUGUUAUACAAAGAACUGUCCUUUGUUCUAGAUGGAUAUAAGAUACGUUUUAAAAGGACAAAGCUUCUUAGCUGGAUUUUUUGUCUAUAAGAUAGGCUGAGCUACCGGGAGGUCUGUUCAUAGACUUGCGUGCCCAGUAGUAAUUUGUAUGUAUAUUUAGUUCAUUUGGUUUUUCUCUCUCUGUUGUGGAGUUUAAACUCUGUCGGAGCAUGAUGACAUGGGAAGAACAUUUAGAGACGAUCACAAAAACACCUGAUGGGUUUAUUUAACAGCUUUAUUUAUGAGGUUGGAUUUGCUCUCACCACCAGACAAAAUGAAAGAAUGAAUGGGGAAUUCAGAAAGAAGGCACUGCAUC